AAAUGGUAAUACUAUUACUAAAAAGCCAGCAACACCCAACUCAGUCCUCCCUUUCUUUCUACACGUUCUUCAUAACGCCCCCAAACACUCAGAACCUUCUCACUUGGUUUUUUUUUUUUUUAUAAGAUCCUCCUUCUCAAUUUAAUAGAAUAAACCCAUUAAUAUUUACUGGGCUAGAGGCUAGGGAAAAAAAAGUGACCUUUUUUUAUUUUGUUUUGUUUUAGUUUUGGGGGGUUGAAGUUUUUUAAAUAUUAAAAAGACUUGAAUCAUGGCCUGUUAGUGCUUGUUGUCUGAAAAACUCGUUUACUUAUUUCUUUCUCUUCUCUUCUCUAAAGUUUGCCAUGUUUAUGCUCAAUCUCAUGGAUAGCCAACAAUUCACAGUUGCAGAGCAAAGCAAAGAGAUACCCUUUUGAAUUGACCGAUUCCCAACUUCACCCCAUCCAAACAAAACGCCUUCUUUCUUUCCUUUUCUCACAGAUCUCACUAUACACUUUCAGCAUUAUAUAUCAAAACGGAGGAUCUAAAAUAGGUGAUUGAAGAUGACAUCCAAGUCCUUCAAGGGGAGCCGAUCAAAUGUAUCGGCGAGUUCUGAUAUGCUUGAUGGGAAGCCACCAUUGCCUCCACAGGUGACAUUUGCACGGAGAACAUCCUCAGGCCGCUAUGUUAGCUACUCAAGGGAUGAUCUUGAUAGUGAACUUGGGAGCCAAGACUUUAUGAACUAUACAGUCCACAUACCUCCCACCCCGGACAACCAGCCCAUGGAUCCAUCAAUCUCACAAAAGGUUGAAGAGCAAUACGUGUCCAAUUCCCUAUUUACAGGGGGGUUCAACAGUGUUACCCGAGCUCAUCUUAUGGACAAGGUGAUUGAAUCUGAAGCAAACCAUCCUCAGAUGGCUGGAGCAAAGGGUUCUUCCUGUGCAAUUCCUGGCUGUGAUGCCAAAGUGAUGAGUGAUGAACGUGGUGCUGAUAUUCUCCCUUGCGAGUGUGAUUUCAAGAUUUGUCGAGAUUGCUAUAUUGACGCUGUCAAAACUGGCGGUGGCAUUUGUCCAGGAUGCAAGGAAUCAUAUAAGAACACUGAUUUGGAUGAGAUUGCUGUGGAUAAUAAUGCUCGGCCACUUCCACUUCCUCCUCCCACUGGGAUGUCUAAAAUGGAAAGGAGGUUGUCUUUGAUGAAAUCAACAAAGUCCGGUUUGAUGAGGAGUCAAACUGGGGACUUUGAUCACAACCGGUGGUUGUUUGAAACUAAGGGGACUUAUGGAUAUGGGAAUGCCAUUUGGCCUAAGGAAGGGGGUUUUGGAAAUGGUAAAAAUGAUGAAGCCUCUGAACCAACCGAAUUAAUGAGUAAACCAUGGAGGCCUCUUACACGGAAGUUAAAGAUACCUGCUGCUAUUCUAAGUCCAUAUAGGCUUCUAAUUGUUGUUCGUAUGGUGGUCCUUGGUUUGUUUUUGUCGUGGAGGGUCAAGCAUAAGAAUGAAGAUGCCAUUUGGCUGUGGGGAAUGUCUGUUGUUUGUGAGAUUUGGUUUGCUUUUUCGUGGCUUCUUGAUCAAUUGCCCAAGCUCUGUCCAAUCAAUCGUGCAACCGAUCUCAAUGUAUUGAAGGACAAAUUUGAAACACCUAGCCCAAACAACCCCACUGGAAAGUCGGACCUUCCGGGGAUUGAUAUUUUCGUAUCUACUGCAGAUCCUGAGAAAGAACCUCCACUUGUCACUUCUAACACCAUCCUCUCCAUUUUAGCUGCCGACUAUCCAGUUGAAAAGCUUGCUUGCUAUGUUUCUGAUGAUGGAGGCGCACUCCUGACCUUUGAAGCCAUGGCUGAAGCUGCCAGCUUUGCCAAUAUAUGGGUCCCAUUCUGCCGUAAACAUAACAUCGAGCCUAGAAAUCCUGAAUCUUACUUCAACUUAAAGAGAGAUCCUUACAAGAACAAAGUGAAGCCUGACUUUGUCAAGGAUCGAAGGAGGGUAAAGCGUGAGUAUGAUGAGUUCAAGGUUCGCAUUAAUGGACUUCCUGAAUCGAUUCGCCGUCGUUCUGAUGCCUAUCAUGCUCGUGAGGAGAUCAAAGCUAUGAAGCUUCAGAGACAGAACAGGGAAGAUGAACCAAUAGAAAGUGCGAAAAUUCCCAAGGCGACAUGGAUGGCUGAUGGAACUCAUUGGCCAGGGACUUGGUUGACUCCUGGACCUGAGCAUUCGAAAGGAGACCAUGCUGGUAUUAUACAGGUGAUGUUAAAACCUCCCAGUGAUGAGCCACUUAUUGGAACUGCUGAUGAUUCUGGGUUCAUUGACCUCACUGAUGUUGAUAUCCGUCUUCCUCUACUUGUUUAUGUUUCUCGUGAGAAACGUCCAGGCUAUGAUCACAACAAGAAAGCAGGAGCUAUGAAUGCCCUGGUUAGGGCCUCUGCUAUUAUGUCCAAUGGCCCAUUUAUCCUCAACCUUGACUGUGAUCACUACAUUUACAACUCUCAGGCAAUGAGGGAAGGCAUGUGCUUCAUGAUGGAUCGUGGGGGUGACCGCCUUUGCUAUGUCCAGUUCCCUCAGAGGUUUGAGGGCAUUGACCCUUCAGAUCGAUAUGCCAAUCACAACACUGUCUUCUUUGAUGUUAACAUGCGGGCCCUUGAUGGGCUUCAGGGUCCAGUGUAUGUCGGAACUGGUUGCCUCUUUCGUAGGAUUGCCCUUUAUGGAUUUGACCCUCCUCGUGCAAAAGAACACCAUCCAGGUUGUUGCAGCUGCUGCUUUGGUCGUAAGAAAAAGCAUGUUUCAGUUGGAACCACACUUGAAGAGCACAGAGCUCUAAGAAUGGGUGAUUCUGAUGAUGAAGAGAUGAAUCUCUCCUUGCUCCCUAAGAGGUUUGGGAACUCUACUUUCCUCAUUGAUUCAAUCCCAGUAGCAGAGUUCCAAGGUCGUCCUCUUGCUGACCACCCAGCUGUGAAGAAUGGACGCCCCCCAGGUGCUUUGACCAUUCCCCGUGAUCUUCUUGAUGCAUCAACUGUUGCCGAAGCUAUCAGUGUCAUCUCCUGUUGGUACGAAGACAAGACUGAGUGGGGACAGCGAGUUGGCUGGAUUUACGGAUCUGUUACUGAAGAUGUGGUUACAGGAUAUAGGAUGCACAACAGAGGAUGGAAAUCAGUUUAUUGUGUGACAAAGCGUGAUGCCUUCCGUGGAACUGCUCCAAUCAAUCUAACCGAUAGGCUGCAUCAGGUCCUCCGAUGGGCUACUGGCUCUGUUGAGAUUUUUUUCUCCCGCAACAACGCCCUCCUUGCCAGCCCAAGAAUGAAGGUUCUUCAAAGAAUUGCAUAUCUCAAUGUUGGAAUUUACCCCUUCACCUCAAUCUUCCUUAUUGUGUACUGCUUCCUCCCAGCGCUUUCGCUCUUCUCUGGUCAGUUCAUUGUCCAAACUCUCAACGUCACUUUCCUCACCUAUCUCCUUGUCAUCACUGUCACUCUAUGCAUGCUCGCGGUGCUUGAGAUCAAAUGGUCAGGCAUUGAGCUAGAAGAAUGGUGGAGAAAUGAGCAGUUCUGGUUGAUUGGGGGAACUAGUGCUCACCUUGCUGCAGUGCUUCAGGGUCUGCUGAAAGUUGUUGCUGGUAUUGAAAUCUCUUUCACCUUGACAUCAAAAUCAGCUGGUGAUGAUCUGGAUGAUGAGUUUGCUGAUCUCUACAUAGUCAAAUGGACAUCUCUCAUGAUACCGCCAAUCACGAUCAUGAUGGUCAACUUGAUUGCCAUAGCAGUCGGGUUUAGUCGGACGAUAUACAGUGUGAUACCACAGUGGAGCCGCUUAAUCGGUGGAGUUUUCUUUAGUUUCUGGGUUUUGGCUCAUCUCUACCCGUUUGCCAAAGGGUUGAUGGGGAGACGGGGAAGGACGCCGACCAUUGUUUUUGUAUGGUCGGGAUUAAUUGCAAUCACCAUUUCCCUUCUUUGGGUUGCAAUCAAUCCUCCUGCUGGUAAUACCCAAAUUGGAGGCUCAUUCCAGUUCCCUUGAUAGAAGACAAGUAAAAGUAUUCUUUGUUGUUGUUGCGAAAGUAAGUUCAUUCAUUCAUCAAAGAUAUUCCUUCAUUCAUUCAUUUUACUUCAAUUCAAACGAGAGUUGAUAUUAUGCUAUGCUGGUGUUGAUGAUGGGAUAGGGAGAGGAGGGCAGGGGGAUGCCAAGAAGAAGAGAAUGGGAAAAUGUAGUUUUCCCGGCAUUUUGUAAUUGUUAUAUUAAUGCCUUGGAUUGAUUUAGUUUUUGAAUUUCUUUUUAUUUAUUUAUUUAUUAUAUGGAACAAAAUUUCAGCAGGACGAUUCUUCAUUUGUAAUUGAUAAUCAGAACCAAGUCCACUGCUCUGCAAUUUUCCUUCUAUGUAUUAUGGAUUACUACUCUUACUUCCAUUCAUCAUAAUUAUUAAUUAAUUAGAACUACAUACGUUCAUAUGUAAA